GUCUUCAUGCGUGCUUCAAUGACGCAAGUCUUCUACGCAGGGUGUGCGUACUCCAACGACAUGGGCACACGUGGUGGGUGCAGGUAGCACGGGGUCUGCAGCGCACGGUGCCCGUAUCUGUGGCCUGUGCCGGCGCCGAGCUGGCGACGCGGCAGGCGCCUCUCCCGAAGAGUCUGCACCGGCCGCCUCUCGCGUGUACAGGCUCAGAGGAGCACCGGUGCGCCAGGGAGGGAUGGCCGCGCGGAGGGAAGGGGGAGGGCGCCCCCGUGGACUCUCACCCUGGGGGAUCCCCAGGGCGCCCGUCCCCGAUUUGGGGGGCCCCGUUGCCGGGGCCCGGCCGCCGAGGCCGCGCGCGGUGGCGGGCCGGCUGGCGCUGGCGGCCUGCGCUUGCGCGCUGUGGGGGGCCGUGCAGCCCGCCUUUGCGCCGCAGGCGAGCUCCCCGUGGCGUGGAGCGCCGCCCGCGAGGGGCGCGGCCCGGCCGGGGCACCGCAGCGCCGCGCGCGCGAAGCUGCCGGGCGGCUUCGGCGACGAGCCGAGGGAGGAGGAGCAGGUCUUCGAGGACAUUUUCGACGACGGCUUCGGCGAGGCGUACGGCGACGACGAUGACGCGGAUCUGUACCCCACGAAGAGCAUCUUUGCGGGGUCCACGGUCGCGAAGCAGCCAGGCGUGUUGGAGUCGCCCGACCUUGAUGCGCUCGCAAGCGAACCCGAUAGUGCUGAAAUGGGUGGCGCAGUCAACAACGCAAAAUUAGCCGAAGAGGAAGGUUCAGAAGUGACGGAUGAAGAGGUAGACGAAUUCUUGUCGGAGCUGACAGGUAAGCCCAUACAAAAGCGUGAAGAAGGCACUUUUUUGGUAGACCCGAUGGCCAAGGAUAUGACCAAGGAACUCGACAUGUUCAAGGAGCUGCGCACGGUCCCUGCACGACAGGAGAUCUACGACCGCGGCAUGCCGGCCGCCUCCGGGACGGUCACCGUGAAGGAGAGGAUGCGGAUGAUGGCGGUGUACGCCGAGCAGGGCAACUGGUACCAGGCGCGCUGGCUGCUGGUGGGCAUGUGGUCCAAGAGGAGGCUGCGCCUGCCACUCGGCCGCAUGCUCUGGAACCUGAUGAUCAAGGCGCACGCCAGGGCCAACAGGCCCCUCGGGGCGGAGAGCUGGCUCAAGGACAUGCUGGACCGCAUCUACCAGCCCGACAUCGUCAGCUACAACACCUUCCUGGGCUGCCUCGGGCGGAGGGGCAUGUACAUGAAGGCGGAGGAGUGGAUCCGCAGGAUGCGCAGCCGGGGCGUCAGCCCGGACGUCCGGAGCUACACCGCGCUGGCGAACGCGUACGCGGAGGCAGAAAACUUUGACGGCAUGGAACGGACUUUGUACGCGAUCCGCGACGCCAAGCUGCCCGACCUCAACGCCAUGCCUUUCAACGCGGCGCUCAAGAUGUGCUCGCGCCGGGGUCUGCAACGCAGGGCGGAGAGCCUGCUGAGCCUGAUGGAGGAGGCCAGGGUCGCUCCUGACAGGGUGAGCUACCUCCUGUUCAUGAAGCUGUGCGCGAAGACGCGCGACACCGAAGCCGCGGUGGGCUGGCUGCUUCGCAUGGAGGAUGUUGGCCUCCAGCCUGGCAUGGAGCACCUGCACGCCGUCAUGAGCGCCCACGCCAGGACGGGGGACAUGAGCGGCGUGGAGGCUUGGCUGCAGGUGAUGAGUGACAAGGGCAUGACGCCCGACACCUACAGCUACAACAUCUGGCUGUCCGCGGCGGCCACGACCGGAGACACCGACUCGGUGGAGCGCAUCGUCGACGCGAUGAAGGAAGCUGGCCUGGAGCCGGACGUCAUCACGUACAGCACCGCCAUCGACGUGUUCGCGGAGGCCGCCGACGCCGAGGGCGCCAAGGCCUGGCUGCUGCGGGCCGAGGCGGCGGGCGAGGAACCCGACCUCCUCUGCUACAACCGGGCGAUCAAGGCCUGCAUGCGGGCCGGGAACGCGGACAUGGCGGACCACCUCACGCGCAGGCUUCUCCGCAACAGGCUCACCCCGGACAUGUACACCUACAGCGUGCUCCUGGGCGCGUUCGCGAAGGACGGCAAGCCCGCGCAGGCCGAGUUCUGGGCCGACCACAUGCAGAGGCAGGCCAGGUGGAGCCCACUGGGCUUCCCGGCGAAGGAGGUCGCCAAGGUCUACGGCAACGUGCUGCUCGCUCACGUCCGCAGCGGCAACCUGGAGGCUGCGGAGGCGUGGCACUCCCAGAUGUUGUUGGAGGGCGUCGAGCCCGUUGCCAACAACUACGCCGCCUUGGCCGAGGGCCACCUGGAGGAG